GGCUCGACCCGCCCAACCCGUGUACAUUGACAUUAACCGCAUAAGAAGUGAUGUUUUGUCGAUUAUUCAGCCCUCAAAUUGUGUUUUUUCUGGCUUCCUCGCGGACUUUUAAAUCAUCCCACAAGCUGACAGCACACGGCGGAAUCCGUUACGGUGUGUUUUCCCCUCACUGGAAGUGUAUUUAUCACCUUUUUAUUGCCGUUAAAAGUUGACAAUGUGUUAGUGUAGUUAGCCGAGCUAGCUUAGGAAGCUAACAUGUCAUCCGCGGAAUGUGACGAAGCGAAGCCCCUCAUCGACGCCGCCUCGCCGGGGGAGAGACCUCCAAACACCGCUCUCAGGAAACUGCUGCAUUUCAAAGUUUACAAGAGGAGAUGGUUCGUCUUGCUGCUGCUUUGUCUGCUGAACUGCUCCAACGCUACGCUAUGGCUGACGUUUGCACCAGUAGCAGACCAGUCAGCCCAGUACUUGAAUGCCACCUUGAAUCAGAUCAACUGGUUGUCGGUGGUGUACAUGGUGGUGGCCAUUCCACUCAGCUUCGGGACCACGUGGAUGCUGGACACCAUCGGGCUACGGGUCACGAUCAUCCUGGGUUCCUGGUUAAACAUGUUCGGGGCGGUGAUUCGCAUCUUUGGGAGCCCACCAGGUGAAAACUUCAAAAUCUACUAUUCAGUAGUGAUGUUGGGUCAGACGCUGGCUGCGGUGGCGCAACCCCUCAUCAUCUUCACGCCCACCAAGAUGGCGGCACUGUGGUUCCCGGAUGGCCAGCGAGCCACAGCCAACAUGAUGGCCUCAAUGGCCAACCCUCUGGGCCUCCUCGUUGCCAACAUUGUGUCGCCGAAGGUCGCUCGCACGGCACAGCAAAUCCCGACUUUGAUGCUGGUGUACUCGCUCCCGGCCUGCGUCAUCUGUUUCCUAGCAACAGUGGGAAUGCGGAGCAGUGCCCCGCCCACACCGCCAUCGGCUGGCGCAGAACAUUCCACCUCGGAACCCUUCGUACGUGGCAUCAAACUGCUGCUGAGGAACCGAGCGUACCUGCUACUGCUGCUGUGCUUCGGCUCGGGCACGGCCGUCUUCACCUGUUUCUCCACGCUAUUGGACCAGAUCCUGUGUGUGCAGGGCUACACUAACGAUUUUGCAGGCCUGUGCGCCGCCAUCUUCAUCGUGUCCGGCAUCGUGGGCGCCGGCCUGCUGGGGCUUUAUGUCGACAAAACCAAGAAGUUCAUGGAAGCCAUCAAGGUCAACACCAGCCUCUCCACCCUGGUGGCCUGCAUCUUUGCUGUGGUGUGUCUGAUGCAAGAUCAGAAGGCCGCAGUGGCAACCAUUUGCGCUCUCUUUGGCUUCUUCGGUUUCUCCACCUACCCGCCCUUCAUGGAGAUGUCUGUGGAGGUUUCUUACCCUGUGGGAGAAGCAACUUCUUCCGGACUGAUCUUCAUAUCAGGACAAAUUCAGUCGCUCAUCUGCAUGAUCCUGCUUCAGUCAUUGGCCACGCCCAUCGCCGAGUCUCCUCGCUCAACCUGCAGCGUUGCUCCUCAGAGCUGGAAGGUUCCCAUGAUGGUGCUGUCAGGACUGAGCGUCCUCUCCACCUGCAUCUUUGUCAUCUUCUUCGACACGCGCUACAAACGCUUAGAGGCCGAAGAAGCCGCCGUCUACGGGACCAGCCAAGGAAACGGAAAGGCUACCCCCGCCGCCGAGGACGCACAACCCAGCUGAGAUUUACAUUUUUGACAUGUCAAUAUGCCAAAGAGGAAGUAACCACUUGUGGUUUUAAAAAUGUUUUGAUUUCCAGAGGAAACGAUGAUGCUAAAGUAGUACAGUCACUUUUAAUUAAGCCCACUUGAAACUUUUAGACUCAUUUUAUAGACUGACACACUCGGAUGGUGCUCCAGGUACCAAAUAUGCCAAAUGUACUUUGCACUUAGUCUUAAUUCUAUGUCUGCCGCUGUAAAAGCUGAUCUUAAUUGAAACUUCAUUGUGUUGGUGUGUUCAUUGUUCAAUAUAAUGUUCUCUUCGUCCAAGCAACCACACAAAUUAAAGGACUUUGUUUUAAUUCCUCUCCAAUUCCACAUAAAACAAAUAAAAAAAUGUGUUCUCUGAAAACACAGACCAUGUUAAAAAAAAAACCAUGAUGAAACAACAAAUAAUAAAACAAAACAGUAAAUUAAUGAGCCGACUGC